AUGAGCGACUACCUGUCCACGGGAGGUGUCCGGUCGCCGGAGAUCUUAGUGAACGCGCCUAGGAGCGGGGCGACGCCGGUCUCCAAGGACGAGCUGUUCUUGGAAGGCUAUGGCCGGCAGUUUGGUGAAAAGAUGACCUACAGCGUGGGCAUGACCUAUGGCGGGGGCCUCUUGACUGGGGGUUUCUACGGGGGCCUGCUGGGAAUUAGACAAGGAGGGGCUACUCCCAAGCUCUUCGUGAACUCCGUGCUGAACUCCUGCAGCCGAUACGGCCCCGCGUUGGCCAACCAGUCGGCCAUCAUUACCAUGUACUACGUGGCCUUCAACGGGCUCAUCACCACCGUGCGAGGUUCCGACGACCCGGCCAACGCUGCGGGGGCUGGGGCCUUUGCUGGCGCGCUCUACAAGGUCGCCAGCAGAUCUUGGGAGUCUGUGGGGAAGUACUCCGCGGCCAGCUGCGCCAUCUUCACAGGCAUCGACUUUCUCAUGCGCAGAGUGCUGGAGAAGUUCAGCCUUGCUCCGCGGGAGCGGGAUGAAAGAGAGUUCAGUGGUGGUGAUGAGUUUGACGACAAUGAUGAGGUCAACCUGACGCUGAUGAAGGACAACGGGCAGGUGAAGGUGAUGAUCAUGUACUCCUCAGAAAUUCAGGAUCUGAAAGGAGCCUUGGAGUGCGUGCACACGUUCGUGGAGGAGCUGGCAGCCAGCUAUGCGCCUUUCGUGGCGCAGACUGCCCAGGCGCUGCUUCCCGUCUUCGACUUCUGCAUGGAGGACGGGAUCCGAGAUCUGGCCUUCGAAACCUGGGGCCAGCUUUGCCGUAGCGCGCGCGAGGGCGGCCAGGUGCAGAUUGUCAGCCAGCUGGUUAUGGAGUUCCUGAAGCGUGUGCUGCCAAAGUUUGAGGCUGAAAAGGUGAACGUGCCGGAGUUGAAGACGAGCGCCGAGGGCGUUACAGCCUGCCUCAAGGAAGCUGGGCCCGGCAUUCUUCAACAAGAGCAGUUGCGGCAUAUUUGCAAAACGACCCUGGCAGUCAUGGCGGAGUCCUUCCAACGACGAGACGCCGCGGCCAAGGGCAAGCCGCCUGGGGUCGACGAGGACGGCGAUGAGCACGAUGAUGACGAGGAGGAGGAUGAGCAGGCCAUGAGGAUAGCCUUGUGCGAAGUGGCCGGCUCGCUCAUGCAGCAUCACGCGGACAUGUUCAUUGCUGAGAGCUUCUCCACCUACCUGAACUUAGUGGUGCAGUGGCUUCAGCCGAACAUGCCCAAGGAGGACCGGAAGCUGGCGCUCUUCGUGAUGUGCGACUUCUUGGAGCACCUGGGGCAGCGAGUGACCUCGCAGUGGCCACAAUUUGUGCCGAAGCUGCUUGAGGAUCUCCAUAAUCCGGAUCCUGAUCUGAGACAGCCUGCGUGCUACGCGGUGUACUUGGCUGCCAAGAUACCUGAGUUUGCCCCCUUGGCGCUGGAUGCCGCCAACAAGCUCUGUCAGGUUGUCACGCAGUCUCGGCAGAGAAGUAAGAAGAAGUCUGAGAAGAUUGCGCAGGCAUGCGCUGACAAUGCGCUGUCUGGACUUGGCGAGAUUUUGCUGGUGCACCAGCAAGCUGUCAUGUCCAUGCAGGCGCAAUUGUGGCAAGUCUGGGUGGGAGGACUGCCUUGCCGGGAGGAUGACUCCGAGGGGGUGAGGAAUCACCGCAGACUGCUGGAGUUUAUCCAGCAGGAGAAGAAGGAAGUGGUCGGAGAGGGAGGCCAGAAUGUUCCAAAGCUUUUUGGCGUCCUCGUGGACGUGUACAAAACCGACAUGGCCGAUGAGGAGACCUCCAAGGGCAUCGGCGCCUUUGCUCUCCUGCUGGGCGAGUCAAAGCUGGAAAGCUUUGCCGCACAGUUCAGUGAAAAGCAGCGGAAGAAGCUCCUCCGAAUUGUGCGGGAGGCGCAAGCAGGCAAGCCCUGA